AUUUAGUUAUUUCAGGAAGGAUAACAUCACAAGUUCCUCGCGGGAAAUAUCGCUACGAAGAAACGAGUCACCGAGUCAGCAAUCAGAAUGGCAACAAACUCACCAAAUAAACGUCUCAAAAUCCUAACUCCCAAUUCCAGAGUUAAACAAGAAAGUGAUGAGUACGAUUUCGAAGGGCGACAAGGAAAUAGAUUAACGCCAAUGGAAAGCACUGGAGAAUCGUUGAUUUGUGGAAUAUGUUUGAGUGAAAACUGGAGUGCGAUGAGAGGCCAGAUUGAUAGCUGCGAUCAUUACUUCUGCUUCAUUUGUAUAAUGGAGUGGGCCAAGAUUGAGUCCCGUUGCCCAAUGUGUAAGCGCCGCUUCAACAACAUUCAUAGACCGCCCAAAGAUGGUGUCUUUCCCUCUGAACGCCUUGUCAAUGUCCCUAAACGCGACCAGGUUUAUCAUCUGUUUGGAAACACCACGGUGGAACCUUUUGAUCCUUAUGCACAAGUUCAAUGUAGUAUUUGCCACACUGCAGAAGAUGAAUCUCUUCUAUUACUUUGCGAUCUUUGUGACUCUGCUGCCCAUACUUAUUGUGUUGGUUUGGGAUUCACUGUACCUGAAUGUGAUUGGUUUUGCCAUGAUUGCGCUGUCUCUAGAACUGAACAUGAAAAUUUUCAAAAAGAUGAGGACAAUAUCACUCAGACUUUAAGCGUAAAGUCUGAAGUAGUGCUAGCAGCUGAACCAUAUGUUGCUGUCAACAGUCAGAACACCUCAGAAAACUAUAAUGCCGGGGCAGAGAAUGGAGCAAAUUUUUGUCAAUCAGAUAACCAAUCUAUUGGUAGGCCGAGAGCAAGAUCCUCCCAAGUCCCUUCUCCCAGUGAAAGGCUUUCCAAUCUUGCAGAUGAUAUGUCCCAGCCAAGAGAAACAACUACCCGAACUGGGCCAGGUCAAGAAACACCUCAGAGUGAUGCCAGAACAUUGAGACGAUGUCGUGAUGUGCACAGUUAUGUAAGAGCACUGCGUGAAAAUUGGGACGCCUUGCGAAGUGGGUCUUUGAGAUUCUCUUCAAGUUCUGUUGAAUCUUGUAGCAGAAGCAUUGCAAAAUGCUAUACUCCUGUAGUAACUCAUGAAAGUUCAGGCCAAUCACAUACCAUGUCUUCCACAAGUGGUCAGCAAUUGACAAUUAAUGAUGGUUUACCUGGCACCUUUGCACAAGAUAGACAUUCUCAUGAUGCUAAAAAAGCUUGGAAAAUGAUGGCCAAGGCAAAGUCAAUACACCAGGGUUCAAAAAAUCCUUCUACAAAAGGAAAUGCUUCAAGGAAAGCAACUGGUAGCAGUUGCAGCUUGCAUAUGCUGAGAAGCCAAUUUGGAACUUCAGGGAUGGUUAACUUUACCGUUGAGAAGCAACACAAGCGUUAUUCUCCUGAAAGGCAAACUGAGAAGCAUAUAUUCUCUAAGUUGAAAAUGCAAAACCAUGGUAUCAAUUUUUCCAAGGAAAUUGUAAGACCUGGUGACAACCUACCAACUACUUCAGGAUUUUCUGCAUCUAUAACAUCUUGGAAGGUGCAAACUAGCAGUCAAACUCUUGAAAAUCAAGAACCGGCCCGGCAGCAAAAUUUACGCAGAGCGUCAUCAAAAUUUACUAAUCAGCAAAUUGGAUCUGGACGUUUGAUGCCUUUGGUUGGGCCAGUGUCAGGAACUUCUAAAUCAGUGAACACUAAAGCGGACAUCAGUGAAUCUUUCUCCUGUAAAGUAAAUGUUCCUGAGGGAGAUGUUAGGUUGGGAAAAGGUGGUACAGAAAGUAAGCCAAGAAAUGAUGAUAAUGCUAAAAGCGAGAUCCAGUCUCUUGUCAAGCUCAACAUGAACCUUCUAAAAGGAGUCAAACAGUUAGGAGUUGAUGAAUUCAAGGAAGUCGCCAGGCUUGCCACAUAUACCAUUUUGGCUGCAUGUGGUUUUAAACACUCAAGGCAUGUUUUCCACUCUUUCCCAAGGUCUGUGUGCAGUCAUUCUCAACGCAUUCAGCAUCUCCAUAGGUCCAUUUUAAUGCCCAAUUCUUGUCGAGAAUGCUUUUAUGUCUUUGUAAAGGAUGUUGUGAACUCAGUUCUUUCUGAGAAAUUAUCUCAUGCCAAUUCAUCAAAACAUGUCUUGUAAAGGGUUCUCUCUGCCAAUCUAGACGCAGGAAUUUGGUUCCCUAUCUAUCCUCUCCAUUCAGCUGCAAGCAUGUAAAUGUCUUCCAAUGUUUUGGUUUACCUCCUUUUUGGAACCACCAGCAUAUAUUUACCGGGCAGCACAUGCCUUAUUACCCCCUUCUUGAGCGGUAUGCCAAGGCACGUGUACUGAUAUUGCCUUGUAUAUAAAUAUGUCGCAUGCUGAAGUAGAUGUUCCUUGGCAAUGCUGCGUCCUUUUUUCGUAAAUAAUGUAAGGAUCUGUUGUACUGCUACGUAAUAACACGUUCAUAGUUUCAUGCUUUA